GCCCCAUCGGGCUGUCAGCGGAGGCCGCCUUAACGGCGCCGCGGUGGCGCAAGCGCAACGCGGUUUCUCUCGACCGCACGGCAACCACGCGUACCAACGCCAACACCGACGGGUCAAGAAAGCGGGCAGGGGAGCAAAGCCACCAGCCCACCACACCAGAUCACCGCAAGUCCAGGACUCCAGGCUGCGAGGCUGUCACGUCCUGGCUCUCCAACAAGUCCUCCUCCUCCUCCUCCCCUCGCCUCGCCCACCAGUCUACCACGCCAUUCCUUACCCUCCAAGCGACGACUGCUCCCCCCUCCGCGCGCGCGCGCGCCAAAUCUGUUCACGCCGGGGCACGGGAGGCGCGGCGGCGGCAGGAGACCGGCCGGCGCGCGCGCGCGGGCGGGCGGGCACCGAUGCACCACAGGCUCUCGCGGGUCGCCCACAGGGUCCUCUGCUGCGGCAGGCAAGCCUCCGGGGACGAUCUGAACGACGAGCGGAAUCGAUCCAUCAGGUGGGUGUUCUCGCUGAGGGAGCUCCAGUCGGCGACAAAUAGAUUCAAUUACGACAACAAGAUCGGAGAAGGCUCGCUUGGGAGCGUCUACUGGGGACAAGUUUGGGAUGGCUCUCAGAUUGCUGUUAAAAAGUUAAAGAAUGCAAGAAAUGGGACAGAAAUGGAAUUUGCUGCAGAAGUCGAAUCUUUGGGAAGAGUAAGGCACAAAAACCUCCUGAGUUUGCGUGGAUAUUGUGCUGAUGGGCCUGAACGCAUUCUGGUGUAUGACUAUAUGCCGAACUCAAGUCUUUUUGCACAUCUCCACGGAACACACUCUUCGGAGUGCCUUCUUGACUGGCGGCGGAGAACAUUUAUUGCCAUUGGUGCUGCUCGGGCUAUUGCGUAUCUUCACCACCAUGAGACACCUCCGAUAAUCCAUGGAAGCAUCAAAUCGACCAAUGUGUUACUUGAUUCGGAUUUCCAAGCACACGUUGGUGACUUUGGUCUUAUGAAGCUCAUCUCAGAUGAAAUAGAUCAUGAUAAGAUUAUCGGUGAAAACCAACGAGGCUAUCAUGCUCCUGAGUACGUCAUGUUUGGCAAGCCUACAACAGGUUGUGAUGUCUACAGCUUUGGCAUAAUACUUCUGGAGCUCACUAGUGGGAGAAAGCCAGUAGAAAAAUCAGGCUCCCAGAAAAUGCUCGGGGUCCGAAACUGGAUGCUCCCGCUGGCCAAAGAGGGUAGAUACGAUGAAAUCGCGGACUCAAAACUCAAUAAUAAGUAUUCUGAGUCUGAACUAAAAAGGGUGGUGCUGAUUGGACUAGCGUGCACACACAGAGAACCCGAUAAGAGACCGACGAUGCUUGAGGUAGUGUCCCUGCUGAAAGGUGAAUCGAAAGAGAUGCUUCUGAGGCUUGAAAAGGAGGAGCUAUUUAGGCCAGACUCGAUGGCUAGUUCCGUCGGAACGACUCCGGAAGGGAGCACCGACUGCAUUCUUAAGAAUGAUGAAGGGCUGGCUGGGGCUUGAUGGGUUGGUUGGUACCCUGGACUAGCCCCUAGGUAUUGGUAGAGUGGAUAUUCUUGCUGAAUUGGAGCUUGGUCUGCAUGGUUUGGCUUGACUGAAAUGUAUAGGAUUGGUUUGUUAUUUAUGAUGAACUCCUCCCUUUUUUGAGAGAGGGGGAGAUGUAGAGAGGUGAGUUGGCUUUUUAUAGAAAGUGCUUUUUGUGUGCACUGGGUGGAAGGCCCGUAUACUCCCCAGAUGUUUGGGCAUGCUUCAUCCUGUUGUCAACUGUGUUGGUUACUCUAAACAAAAUUUCCUUCGCAUAUACAACUGAAUGCAGAUGACUGGAUGAUCA